AUGGACGCCGCAAAGAGUCAGUCUACGAAGGUGGAUUCUUGGUUCUUUCAAAAUAUUGACGAUAAUACGGAGCCUUACUUGAGGCGUAUUUCUACCGGAAAUAACACACUUUCGGAUCGUUUGCAAUUUAACAUCGAUGACGGGCAGAGACUUACGGAUCCUAUCAAGCCGGAUGAAGAUGAAGGCAAAUAUCCCGAGGGCAUCACUCUAGUUCUCGUCAUCUUGGCGUUGGCGCUGGGCCUUUUUGAGUUCGCUCUCGAUGCCACCAUUGUCGCCACCGCGAUUCCCGUCAUUACCACCGAGUUCAAGGCCCUCGCAGAUGCCGGUUGGUAUGGCUCUGCAUAUCUGAUGACGAUAGCAAGUUUCCAGGUGCCAUGGGGCAAGCUAUACAAGUUUUUUAUUCCCAAAUGGAUCUUUCUGACAGCGCUCAUCAUCUUCGCCGUCGGAAGCGUCCUGUGUGCUAUUGCCCCCAACAGCGCCUUCCUCAUUGCCGGACGUGCGGUUCAGGGUAUUGGCGCCGCCGGCUUGACUGGCGGCGUCUAUGUUAUCCUGGCGCUCGUCACACCUCGUAGUAAAACGCCAAUCUACUUAGGCGCGUUUGGCGCCAUUUUUACGGGUGCGAGUUCUCUUGGUCCUAUUAUCGGCGGCUUCCUUACAGAAAAGUUCUCAUGGAGGUGGUGCUUCUGGAUCAACAUACCCUUUUCUGUCAUCGCCGGAAUCAUCGUUCUGUUUUUCUUCAAGAUUCCAAGUACUGUCAAGACCGUCAGGGCACCAUGGAAGAGCAUUGUACGUCAAAUGGAUCUGAUGGGCGUCGUUCUUAUCACUGGCAUCAUCGCCCUUUUCGUCACUGCAAUGGAGUCCGGAGGUAUCAAACACGAGUGGGACUCCGGCUUCGUCGUCGGUACUCUGAUGGGUUCGAUUACGAUUGCUAUGCUGUUUGGGUUUGAGCAGUACUUCAUGAAAGAGGAUGCCCUCCUUCAAGCAAGGUUCUUGACCAACAUGAAGAUCGGCUUCCUUUGCAUUUUCGCGUUCAUGCUUAGCUCAGUUGCGUACUCAAUCCAGUACAAUUUGCCCGUCUACUUCCAGGCGACGAAAGGGUUCACUCCAGCACAGAGUGGUGUCAAUGUUCUUCCCUUGUUAAUCGGUGGAGCGUUCCUCACACUACUAUCUAGUGUGGCGUACUCCAAAUACCGAAAUGACCGCCUAUAUUGUGUACUCUCUGGUGCCCUUACUGUUCUAGGUUCUACUCUGAUCCUCACUCUUGGUCCGGACUCUACACCAGUUCAGUACCUGCUUUACCAGCUCGUAGUAGCUUUCGGCUAUGGCUUAGGAACUCAAGUUCCGGUCUUAGCUGUCCAGGCCACAGUUGAUGUACAAGACGUCCCCCAGGCAACAAGUAUCGUUCUACUGUUCCAACUGCUCAGUGGCGCACUGGCAGUAUCAGCUACCCAGAACCUUUUCAGCAACAUCAUGUUGCAGAAUGCUUUGCGAAACGUUCCGAGUCUCACCGCUACCCAGAUUUUGGCUGCAGGAUCCACAGAUCUUAAGAAGCUUUUCUCAGCAGAUAUUGCUCCUCAAAUUAUCGCAGCGUAUACAGAAGGUCUUCGAGCAUCGUGGGCUAUGGGCGUCGGAUUCGCUGGAGGUGCAAUGAUUUCUGGGAUGUUUGUUGGGGCCUGA